UAGGCUUCCGCUGGGCUGUCCUCUCUCGGGUCAUUCUGUUCCUGCUCUACACGCUGUUACUAUCGCUGCUCUCCAGCUCAGCUGGCUGUGCUGUCCUGGCAUCAUGAGCUGUCAGGAUUUGGGUGUGAGUAACGUACAGGAUACUUCUGAAAAGUCUGUGCUGUGUUAUAACAAAGGAUGCGGGCAGCAAUUUCUCCAUAACAACAACUCUGCAGACUCUUGUCGCUUUCAUCCGGGUUACCCAAUUUUUCAUGAUGCUCUAAAGGGUUGGUCUUGCUGCAGGAAACGCACAACAGACUUCUCAGAGUUUCUAGCUAUUCAGGGCUGCACUAAGGGCUUUCACAGCAAUGAGAAACCACUGGAACCUGUAAAACCUGACCUCACUGGAAGUAAUGACUCUAAUGACAGUGGAUCAAAACCACGUAUCGAAAUCAUUAUGCGGGGCCCCAAAUCUGCGGAAAAGAUGCAGAAAGAGAGGCCGAGUACACAAGAGCAGAUGCUUCCUCUUGUGCUUAAAGUGUCUCGGUCACUUGAACAAGAGUUACAGAAACUCACGCUGGAAGCAGAUAAGGAGCCUGAAAAGAGAGUUGAUGCUGCAGUGGCCACAAUAGGAACCAGAUGUAAACAUUCGGGCUGUAAAGAGAGUUAUCAAGGGCCAGAAAGUGAAGCAGGCGCUUGUAUGUAUCACCCGGGGAUGCCAGUCUUUCAUGAGGGAAUGAAGUUCUGGUCGUGUUGUUCCAUUAGAACAAGUGACUUCAAUGAGUUUCUGGAACAGAAAGGGUGCAGCGUAGGGAAACAUCUAUGGGUGCAGCUGCCUGGGAAGCAGGAAGUCUCAUGCCGGUAUGACUGGCACCAGACCAGCAGUCUUGUCGUCAUUACGGUUUAUGCCAAAACAGCUCUACCAAAUAUUACCAAGGUUGAAGCCAAUCGUACCCAGCUGGACAUUCAAAUUUCCUUCCAAAUGAAAAAGGAAUUCAGAAAGCGUCUGGAGUUGUGGGGUGUUAUUGACACGAAAAAUUGCUUUGUGAACUUGCUGCCCACAAAAGUGGAGAUCACACUUAAGAAAUCAGACCCUGUAACAUGGGCACGACUGGAGCUCACGGUUGCCCCCCAACAUACGACACCUGAAGCAGAACCAGAACAAACAGUUGCGGCCCCUCCUGAGGGUGUAGAUGAGGAUUCUGAUGAUGACCUGAGUUGGUCAGAAGACGACGAAGAAUUCUGUGACUGAGAAUUUUUUUUUUUUAUUAAAAUAUGUGACAACGAUUCUGUUUAUUUUAAAUAGCCCCCUUGUACAUUUUGUGUCCCGUUCCUCUGUUGCAUGUUAUAGAUCACCUCCCAGUAUUACAUUUUACCUUUCAGUACUGUGUUUCUAAUUACAUAUUUCUAUCUCCAUAAUGUUUAUAAUUAGAUUUUGGAAACUUUUUCCUUCAAAGAUUCUCUCUCCCUUAUAUGUUCUCUUUCUGCAGCAGGGUACAUAGGUUUCCACAGGGAAACAUCAGGGUGUAGAGUGGAUCUGAAUCCAGAGGCACAAACAGAUAAAGCUGGUCCCUGGGAUUGCAGUGCACUGAUCUCUGGGAUUGCAGUGCAAGGUCUCCCAUGUAAAGGCGCCUGUAUACAGAGCUGUGACUUUACAUUCACUUGAGUAUCCUACAUGUCUUCGAGACAGCGUUAGUUGAGAAAAGGUAUACAUUGCAGAGUAUAUUGUACAAGUACCCUGUAAUAAAUCCGAGCCGAAGCCGGUUUAUGGGCCUUCAAUACAGUUUGAAUGACCGUCUCAGAAAAACCUUUGGCCCUUAGGACGGAAGCUUCAAGAGCCACGCCGUCAAAGCCAGUCGGGCCAGAUCCUGGUAGACACAGGGGCCCUGAAUGAGGAGGUCUGGGCGCUGAGGAAGUAGAAAAGGACGCUCUAUCAAGAGACCCUGUAGUUCUGAGAACCAAUGCCAUCUGGGCCACGCUGGAGCGAGCAGAAGAAGGAUUCCCCUUCUUGCUUGAACUUCCUGAUUAUCCUGGGCAGGAGUGACACUGGAGGAAACACAUACGGCAGCCGAAAAUUCCAUGGAAUUGCCAGGGCAUCCACGAACGCUGCUUGAGGAUCCCUUGUUCUUGCUCCGAAGACCGGAAUCUUGUGAUUGUGUCGAGACGCCAUCAGGUCUACAUCUGAUAGGCCCCACUUAUCCACUAGGAGUUUAAAUACUUCUGGAUGAAGACUCCACUCUCCGGCGUGUACGUCCUGACGACUGAGGAAGUCCACUUCCCAGUUGGGGACUCCCGGAAUGAGCACUGCCGAUACGGCUGGCAGAUGGCGUUCUGCCCAUUGAAAUAUCCUUGACACUUCCUUCAUUGCCAUGCGGCUUCGAGUGCCGCCUUGAUGAUUUAUGUAUGCCACGGUGGUGGUGUUGUCUGACUGUACUUGAACAGGCCUGUUCUUUAUCCAAAGCAGGGCUAGUGUCAGUGCAUUGAACACUGCCUGCAGUUCCAGAAAAAUUAGAAGGUAAUUCUGCCGCCCAGGCAACCGCUGUAGUGGGUCUAUGCACAGCCCCUGCAAGAGUGUAAAUGGACUUCAAGCAACCCUCCACACGCCUAUCCGUCGGUUCCUUCAGGAAGGUGACGGUAGUGACAGGCAGAGCUGAAGACACCACCAGGCGUGCAACCUGAGAGUCCACCGGAGGUGGGGUUUCCCAAUUUUUACUGAUCUCUGCCGCAAAAGGGAUAACGAGCCAGCAUCUGUUUAGACAGUGAAAAUUUCGAACCUGUAGAUUCCCAGGAUUCCUGACGUAUGUCAACCAGGUGGUCAGAAUGGGGUAGAAGCAAUUUAGUCACCUUCUGACAUUUAAACUUAUCUGGUUUCUUAGAGGUAGUAGGAGGCUCCUCGUCAUCCUCAAUCUGAAGAAUGAGCCUGAUGGCCUCUAAAAGGUCAGGGAUAUCCACUUGUGUCAGAGUCUCCCCAUCUGAAGUAUCUGGAUCAGUGUCAGUGGGGUCAGUGUAAGCGCCAUCUUCAUCAGAAGAAGUAUCCGGGACAUGCGUGGAGUGUGAGGAGGAAAUGGCCCAUUUAGAGGACCCCUUGGUCUUAGGCGGACGAGGGUAAGCUUUCUGUUUAACCAGAGACUGUUUUAUUUGUUGUAACUGAGCAGACAGAGUAUCUGGCUAUGGCGGAUUAACCGCAGGGACAAUAUGUGGCUGUAAUGGCACAGGAGGUCCCAUAGGGGGCGUAAGUCUAGUUACCAGCAUAGUCAGUUGAUUUGAGAAGGUAGCCCAUGGCAGGGCUUGAUCUGCCCCUGAUGCUGUCGACUGUCCCUGGUCUUGCAGAGACCCCAGUACCUGAACCCUCAGCUGCUAUAUUUUCCUCAUGACCAUCCAUGGCAUCCGCACUGCCUGGUGCAGGAUCUGCCCUGGAGUCCUCACUCUGUUGAGCAGACAUUGUGCCUAAUUCUGAGUUGAUCGCAGCAGCAACUUUGUUAGCAAUUGGGCAAAACCAUGUGCACUGCAGGGGGGACAGAUAUAACGUGCAGAGAGAGUUAGUGUUCAAUCUGCAAUCUAAAUUGCAGUGUAAAAAUAAAGCAGCCAGUAUUUACCCUGCACAGAAACAAAAUAACCCACCCAAAUCUAACUCUCUCUGCACAUGUUAUAUCUGCCUCCCCUGCAGUGCACAUGGGCCCUCAUUCCGAGUUGUUCGCUCGUUGCCGAGUUUCGCUAUAUUGCGAUUAGUCGCUUACUGCGCAUGCGCAAGGUUCGCAGAGCGCAUGCGCUUAGUUAUUUUACACAAAAGUUAGGUAUUUUACUCACGGCAUAACGAGGAUUUUUAAUCGUUCUAGUGAUCGGAGUGUGAUUGACAGGAAGUGGGUGUUUCUGGGCGGAAACUGGCCGUUUUAUGGGCGUGUGCGACAAAACGCUGCCGUUUCUGGGAAAAACGCGGGAGUGGCUGGAGAAACGGGGGAGUGUCUGGGCGAACGCUGGGUGUGUUUGUGACGUCAAACCAGGAACGAAACUGACUGAACUGAUCGCAGUGGCAGAGUAAGUCCCGAGCUACUCAGAAACUGCAAAGAAAUUUCUAUUCGCAAUUAUGCGAAUCUUUCGUUCGCAAUUCUGCAAAGCUAAGAUUCACUCCCAGUAGGCGGCGGCUUAGCGUGUGCAAUGCUGCUAAAAGCAGCUAGCGAGCGAACAACUCGGAAUGAGGGCCAUGGUUUUGCCCAAUUGCUAACAAACUUGCUGCUGCGAUCAACUCAGAAUUACCCCGAUUAUUUGUAAGCGUAACCUCAGGGUGACCAAAAGUACAAUAAGAGCAGACAGAAUACCUGGCAAGAAACCCCCUUACAGUGUGGCUGCAAGUAGACCACAAAAUAUGGAAUUUAAGAGGUAUACGGUGACUGUAACUUCACAGAUAAAAAUACCAAACAAGUAUAUCCUGUGAAAACACUAUAUCUAUAGGACCCUGACGCACAUAGCCCCCUCAGGGUAUAGAAUAUAGGGAUAGCAACACCUGUGGGAUACACGGAAUAGAAAUCACACGGCAGCUACUGGCACACACAAUCAGUCACAUGUUCAAUGCAGUAAUAAUUAUUACAAACAACAAUAAAACUGCACUGGACUAGCAAUACUAAGUAACUGGACUACAGAGUAAUGCUAUAUAGUAAUAUAGAUAUAACAAUGCAUAGUGAAACCGGAUGUAUAUCACAGGGUACUCGUACUAAAUAACCGUGAAUGUAUGCACUCUUUCUUAACUAACGCUGUCUAAAGACAUGUAGAAUACUCAAGUGUCCUGUAAAUGCACAGCGCUGGAUGCAGGCGGCUUUACAGAGGAGACAGAGCCCAGCAAUCCCAGGAUCAGCGCAGCAUGUGAGAAAUGGCGUCCUGACAGGGAGUGAGGGAAGCAGAGAGAAGCAGCUUCAGGGUGGGAACAUUUACAGUAAAUGGCGCCUAGGGCUGAGGGAGGGGCUACAGGUCAAAGCCUUAUCCCCUUGCUGGACUUCACCACCGGGUACUGCGGGCCUUGUUAAAACGGAUUUUUAGUAAAAUCCGACCUGUGCCCUUGCUCUGGUGGUCUAGUGGGGUCCCUGUACGGCCACAGUGGCCAGCACGCGCAGUCCGUCUCCGAGAGACCGCGCCGGAUCGCAAUUUCACAGGGUCCUGCCUGGGGGACCCUCUUACCUCCUCCCUUGGUGCGGCCACGCGAUCCUGGAGAGCAGCAGUGAUCGUGUGUGUCCUGAUGGAGACCGGAGCCCUCCGCUGUAAGUACCCAGCAACCAGGGCGCGGGAGUAUACAGCGCCGCUGGGGGAGGUGAUGGAGCUGCAGCAUGAGAUGUCAGAAUGACAUCUAGUAUACAAUACCUAUGCUGCAGCCCUUGAAGUCUUCUAUUUUCUUUUAGAAAAGCUCUUUUCAGUGCUGCUGGAGAAGCCCUCCCUCUUAGUGACCUGCUUGCAGGCAUCAACUUACAAACUGAGCUCCUGUGCCUGGAGGCGGGGUUAUAGAGGAGGCAGCGCUAUGCAUCUUAGGAACAGUCAAAGCUUUUAGCCUGUUGGUGCCUCGGAUCAAGAUCCUACUCUACAUCCCGAUGUUAUUUCCUGUGGAAUACAGUGUACCCCGCUGCAGAAAGAGUGUUAACAAUGGUAACUCUACCAUAACACUCCUUUUGUCUUUUUCCCAAUAGUACUGUUACAUUUUUCCCACUCAGCUAGUUUUAUGUUUUAUUUUGUUUUUCCAUUUUAUAAAUAAAUAUUUGUAGUUAUUUUGAUUGAA